UGAGUCUUUGUUCGGAUGCUUUUGAUACAAGUCGGUGUGACCAGCUGCUCUUCAGUUCCAGAGGACAGGCUAGUGAAUGUCAUACAAAAUGCAAGGGCACUGUAAAACUAAGAACACGGUAUUGAAAGCUGUUUUACUCUAGUGAGGGAGGGUGGAUAGACGGUAUUGAAAGCUGUUUUACUCUAGUGAGGGAGGGUGGAUAGACGGUAUUGAAAGCUGUUUUACUCUAGUGAGGGAGGGUGGAUAGACGGUACUGAAAGCUGUUUUACUCUAGUGAGGGAGGGUGGAUAGACGGUACUGAAAGCUGUUUUACUCUAGUGAGGGAGGGUGGAUAGACGGUACUGAAAGCUGUUUUACUCUAGUGAGGGAGGGUGGAUAGACGGUACUGAAAGCUGUUUUACUCUAGUGAGGGAGGGUGGAUAGACGGUAUUGAAAGCUGUUUUACUCUAGUGAGGGAGGGUGGAUAGACGGUAUUGAAAGCUGUUUUACUCUAGUGAGGGAGGGUGGAUAGACGGUAUUGAAAGCUGUUUUUUUUAAGGAACACCUCUUACAAAGCUUUCUAAAUCGAAGCGUUUGUAAGUUGAUAUAAUGUAAAUGAACAACUCCAUCCAAAUCAGUGACUUCUUUCAACAGCCAAGUCAAAAAUAAUCCCGCCUCCAAAUGUGAACCAAUCAUUUGGAAAAAUGUCUUUGCAACAAAAUCCCGCCUCCUUUCCAUAGUAAACCAAUCAGAUUGGAGAUGUGUUAUUUUGCCUGCGGGGCCGAUCUGCCCCCAGAACAAAAUUAAUCGCAAAUAACUGAACUGAGCCCUCUAAUGGACAGAGUCCUUCACAGUUUCUUUGUCUGCGCCGAAGUCUACUUACUAAGAGAGUCACCGCGGCACAUGCAAACCCAUGCACUGGCAUGGGCACCGAGGCUGCAAGGUUGUCGUGGCUCAGUUACUAUAACAAAGCUUAUGUUCACUUCAAGUAUGCACCAGAAUGAAUGAUUUAUUAGCAAUUUAACCGCUGUUUUAUCAAUACGCCACUAGCCGUAAACAGAAAAACACAACGUGUUGGGGUUUAAAGCUGUGCGCAAAUUAAUCUUGCUGUCGGCCUCGUAAUCAUGUAACCCGCGAUUUAAGCUAAAACAGUAAGAUAGUUAAAAAGUAAGUAAUUUCGAUACGCUUUAAACAAAUGCUUUUCCAGCCUGUGUAUCGUCCUCGCCUCUUGCGAUGCUCCACUGCAUCUAAAGGGAAGUUUUCUGGGCUGCCCUAUCUAUAUGUAUUGCCCUGCGUCUGCUUUUCACUGUGCCUGUCACUGCAGCUUCUGUGGAGAGAAGCGUUUCUUGCCUGAACAUGAAGCCAGUCCAGAACUAUUUGCUUUCCACAAUGUCGUAGGAACGUUUGACUGGAUUUGGGAAGAUAUCGAUCGUGCACCAGAUUAUUCACGUAUGUUUUGCAGACUGCACCGCUGCGAGAGCACGACAUUUUCCAACUGAGUGUUUUUUUUUUUUUUUUGCGAUUGCUGUAGUAUAAUGCAAUACAUUUCAUAGUGGCGUUCUGGCCCUUUUGAAAGCCACGGUAUCGUAGAGCAGUAUUACUGGCGAGAAUGGGGAACAGGGGCGCCGCAGUCGAGCUUCGCAUCAAUACCAGUUUUAAAUUGUAGCGUCACAAACCGGAACACGCCUUGCUUGCAAUCUGCUGAGAAAGGGGCUGCUUUUAAUUUUUUAUUUUUUUUUAAAUCUCAGCAACAAAAUUACUGGAGAAAAAAAAAGAGGGCGGUGGGCUGUGGAGCAGGGAGACCUGGGAAAAAAAAAGGGAUGUCAGAAAGAGAGAUUCUGUUAACACAGUCUGUCGUGUGCUAGUGCAAUAUAAAGAUAGAGAGAUUUUGUUAGCACAGUCUGUUCUGUGCUAGUGCAAUGUAGAGAGAGAGAGAGAGAGAGAGAGAGAGAGAUUUUGUUAGCACAGUCUGUUCUGUGCUAGUGCAAUGUAGAGAGAGAGAGAGAGAGAGAGAUUUUGUUAGCACAGUCUGUUCUGUGCUAGUGCAAUGUAGAGAGAGAGAGAGAGAGAGAGAGAUUUUGUUAGCACAGUCUGUUCUGUGCUAGUGCAAUGUAGAGAGAGAGAGAGAGAGAGAGAGAUUUUGUUAGCACAGUCUGUUCUGUGCUAGUGCAAUGUAGAGAGAGAGAGAGAGAGAUUUUGUUAGCACAGUCUGUUCUGUGCUAGUGCAAUGUAAAGAGAGAUAUUUUGUUAACACAGUCUGUCGUGUGCUAGUGCAAUAGAGAGAGAGAGAGAGAGAGAGAGAGAGAGAGAGAGAGAGAGAGAGAGAGAGAGAGAGAGAGAGAGAGAAAAGAGCGUGUAUGAGGUUGCAAUCACAACAGCGCUGAUUUCCAAGGCUGCUACUGAGGCUCAACCCGUAUUAUUAAUAUUAAUGAAACCGUGAGGGAGACAGCCUGGGGUACAUGGAACACUGCCGGAGCGGGUGUGGAUCUUCUGUGCUAGAAACGGAACCAUGGGCGAUGAAGAAGCGUGAGAGUCGAAAGUCCAGCCCCCAGCCACCCCUGGAUGCCAAGGAGGACGGGCAGGAGCCUGGGAGCGUCGCUGUCAAUCACUCCCAUACCAAGAAAGCCUUCCGGGUGAUGAACGAGCUGAGGAGUAAGAAGAUGCUGUGUGAUGUGACGCUGGUGGCGGAGGAUGUUGAGAUCUGGGCUCAUCGCAUCGUGCUGGCUGCCUGCAGCCCCUACUUCUACGCCAUGUUCACAGGGGACAUGAGCGAGAGCAAAGCGAAGAGGGUGGAGAUUAAGGAUGUGGACGGGCAGACCCUGACCAAGCUGGUGGACUACGUCUACACUGCCGAGAUCGAGGUCACUGAGGAGAACGUCCAGGUGCUGCUCCCUGCUGCCAGUCUGCUGCAGCUCAUGGAUGUGAGGCAGGUGUGCUGUGAGUUCCUGCAGUCCCAGCUGCACCCCACAAACUGCCUGGGGAUCCGCGCCUUUGCAGACCUGCACACCUGCACGGAGCUGCAGAGCCAGGCCAACGCCUACACAGAACAGCACUUUCCAGAGGUGAUGCUGGGAGAGGAAUACCUGAGCCUGAGCCUGCAGCAGGUGUGCAGCCUGAUCUCCAGCGACAAGCUCACUGUCUCGUCUGAGGAAAAGGUGUUUGAAGCUGUGCUUGCGUGGAUAAAGUACGAUGAGGAGCCACGUCUGGUGCACAUGCCCCAGCUGAUGGAGCAUGUCCGGCUGCCCCUGCUGCCCAGGGACUACCUGGUACAGACGGUGGAGGAGGAGGCCUUCAUCAAGAACAACAACACCUGCAAGGACUUCCUGAUCGAGGCCAUGAAGUACCACCUGCUCCCACUUGACCAGAGGCACCUCAUGAAAAACCCCAGGACCCGGCCGCGCACCCCUGUCAGCUUGCCCAAGAUAAUGAUGGUGGUGGGGGGACAGGCCCCAAAAGCGAUCCGCAGUGUUGAGUGUUAUGACUUCCUGGAGGACCGCUGGUACCAGGUGGCUGAGCUCCCCUCCAGGAGGUGCAGAUCAGGUGUGGUGUUCAUGGCGGGGUGUGUGUAUGCGGUGGGGGGUUUCAAUGGCUCUCUGCGGGUGCGGACGGUGGACGUGUAUGAUGGAGUGAAGGACCAGUGGACCUCCAUCGCCAGCAUGCAGGAGCGACGCAGCACGCUGGGGGCCGCUGUGCUGGGGGACCUGCUGUACGCGGUGGGGGGCUUCGACGGCAGCACGGGGCUGUUGUCGGUGGAAGCCUAUAGCUCCAAGUCGAAUGAAUGGUUCUUUGUGUCUCCCAUGAACACGAGGAGGAGCAGUGUGGGGGUCGGAGUGGUGGAAGGGAAGCUGUACGCGGUGGGAGGAUACGAUGGCGCCUCGCGACAGUGCCUGAGCACCGUGGAGGAGUACAACCCCGUCUCUAACCGCUGGAGUUUCGUGGCAGAUAUGGGCACGCGGCGCAGCGGAGCAGGAGUGGGGGUCUUGAGUGGACACCUGUACGCAGCGGGGGGGCAUGACGGGCCGCUGGUCCGCAAGAGUGUGGAGGUGUACGAUGCCCACGACAACACCUGGAGGCAGGUGUGUGACAUGAACAUGUGCCGAAGGAACGCAGGUGUGUGUGCGGUGAAUGGCAUGCUGUAUGUGAUUGGGGGCGACGAUGGCUCGUGUAACCUGGCCUCGGUGGAGUACUACAACCCUGCCAUUGACAAGUGGACCCUCAUCCCCACCAACAUGAGCAAUGGGAGGAGCUAUGCAGGGGUGGCGGUCAUCGACAAGCCGUUAUGACCAGAGACCCCGGUCAGCAUGGCAGCUUGGCCGGGAAAGCAACCAAGAUCGUUUCCUAGGUAAUGGAGCCACACCCAUCACCAACAGUGCCAGGACUGAUCAGGCACUGCCGAUGUCACCCCAGAGCAGGACCCCUCCAACUCGUUUGUGUGGGAAGGGGGCAGUAGCUGCCUCUUUUUCCAGCUCGUGUUGUCUCCAGUCUGGGGCAUUUCAAAGAAGAAAAAGCCUGAUAGUCUCUGGAGCCUGUCUGCAAUCGGUUUCUUUGUAAAUGGCUCUUGCAGAGCAGAAGAACAUUGAGACAAGGUCUUUAAACAAUGUAAAUAGCAUUCUGAAACAAUGUACAUUCUGAUUCAGUACUGCCUAAAAUGGAAUGGAAAUGGAAAUGGAAUUCUCUGCCUUUUUUUAUUAUUAUUAUUAUUAUUUUUUAUAACCCUAGUACGCAAACGUGUGAUUUUUGGAUAACAACUUCUGUCUUGGUGCCACAUGGUGUGUCUCCGAGCCAGCUCUUGAAGGGGUAGCUGUGAAUCUUCAGUGCCAGCUCUUGAAGGGCUAGCUGUGAAUCUGAUUGCACUACUGGUCUCCAUCACUGUUUGAAAGUCUGUUGAUUUGGGGGAGGAAGGGGGUUUAUGAGAACAAGAUUUCAUUAUUUAUUGUAUUAUUUACUCUUCCAUUCAGUUGUGGGUGCUGCUCCAUUUGAAUUACUUUCAGCCUGACUGAAGAUUCAGCCAGUCCUGCGCUGCUCUGGCUUAGUGAUGGCAAUAGUCACAGGGCAGUGCUGCUUCUUCCAGUGGGAUUUAAUAGAAGGUAUGCCGACUGUUGGCUGAAGGUGGCACUGUACACUCCCUCUUGUGACUAACCUGCGUUGGACCAGUUUACCAUUAAAACCAUUCUCUCAACAGAACGACCUCCCACUACGAGUCCUGUUUUUUAACAGCGGUCAGGGUGUAUGACAUUCUUCUCUAAAUAAGUCUAAUUUUAUAACUUAAAAAGAGUUCCUUUAACUAUGACUGGGAGGUUCCUGUAUAUGUUAGUGUUCUUGCUGUAGGUCACUGUUGCCUCCAGUUCUGAUACAGGAUUUAAAAAGCCAUUUAAAAAAGCCAUAGCCCUGGUAUAAAUCUAAUAGCGAAUGGGAAGCUACACACUGCUUUUCUACAGAGUAUGUCACUGUGAGACAUUGCACAGGAAAAUGUGUGUAAUAAAAGCCCUUUUCUCAUAAGCACCAGUCGUGGAGCCUGCAUGACACAGAAGCACACAGUGUAGGGACAGCAUGCGUUUGUGUCGUUACAGUGUUUGCAAAGCACACAGAAAGGGGGCCACUAACACAGCAGCCAAGAACACUUUGAAAGGGCUUGAGAAACGCUGGGGGUGUACAUAAUGCUACAUGUGCAGUCUUUCAUCACAUCUGAAGUGCUCUGCUCAAACAGAAAAUUACAAUUAAUAAAGAAAAAAAAAAAUCUUACUGGCUGUGGCAUAAUUAAAAUGGAAGCACUGAAUUACAUCUGAGCUGCUCAGAGGGGAAACUUCAGAUUCCAACACGAAUGAAAGGGAUUAAUGGAAAUUCAUUUGCAUUUUGAAAUCUGCAGAUCUAAUUAGGCUAUAAAAAAGGCUCUUCAUCAGUCUCACACUCUUCAUGCCAUUUGCAUGGCUCACAUAGCAAGUUAUUUUUUAUACAAAGCGAUGAACCAACUCACCUGCACUUCUUAAUGUUACAGUCCUUCUGCAACAUGUGGAGGAAAAAUGAGUGACAGGAGACCCAACAGGAGCUUUAAGAAAAGCAGCUGCACAUGAACACAGAAGCACCCCGGGACUGCUUGUUCUAGACAAUUAUUCCUUCAGUAAUUGAACAACAUGAUAAAUAUCAUAAAAUCAACAUCAAACCAGAACAAUUAUAAUAAAAACAACACUUGAAAAGCUUGGCUAUGAUGUUUUUUCCACUCUAACUCUCAAGAAAGAAAGGAGGACAAGAAUCCUUGCGGAUUCUAUACUUCAAACCAACACCCCUGAAGCGCUCAAGAUCGUGUGCUGAAACACAGACUCUUUAUAAAAGGAGACCUGGAGUGGCUCCGGCACUCAUUGGUCAUUUCGCAGAAGAAUGAGCUACACAACUCCCAAGGAAUAACCAUGAACAAGUCAUUUAUUAGAGGAGCACACAUGGAAAAAACAGGCCUUUCUUGCCAUCAAACAGGCAUCAAUGCCGUUUAUUGCUUGGUGAUGACACAAAAAUAGAAUCCAUACAAGUUUGCCAUGCAGGUCCACCACAGUGAGUAAAGAGAGCAGACCAGUACAUCAACACCAGGGUUAGUUCAGAGCAUAAACAGCUCCAAAAUGAAAAUACAAAAAUAAUAAUAAUAAUAAUAAUAAUAAUAAUAAUAAUAAUAAUACUACACUGGAAUCUCACGGUUUAAAACAGGGCAAAACAGACUGUAUAAAAAAAGAAACAAUGUACAGUUUUACAAAACCAGUGUUAGUGCUUUGAGAAUGGGGGCUGCAUUCUCAGAAUACUGUGCAAUAGCCAGACACUAACCCCUGCACUCUUGUGUCUGUUCGGGCCGCGCUCAUCAUGCAGUCAGCAGUAAACAGCAAACGUGUGCCUCCACGUUGUGGAAAGCUGCAGGAAAGGCACGAGGCUGCAGAGCAAGUUUAUGAGAAUCCAGUGCCUGUUACAUGCAGGAUUGCUAUCAAACGGCAGGGGCAAUACUUCUUAAUGCCCAAACCUACCACACACACACAAUUAAAUUAAAUUAAAUAGAAAUACAAAUCUUUGGCUGAUAUUAGUCUGAUACUGCUGACUUUGUGACAGUUUCACUGGUUCAUUCUAGAGCUUAUAAACAGCUCACAGAACUCUGGAUUCUGAUGAAAGACACUUUCAAUGUUUGAAGUAAAAUACACGCUUUAGAGAUUGAAGAAUAUUUACACAGGGUAGUCGUAUUCAUGCUGGUUUCCAGAGAGGUCUGGCUACCUCACAGACUGAGGAAGUGAAGCCACAUUAAAAUACUUCCAUGAGAACGACCCCUGCGUAUCCCAUCCCAAUGACUUGAGCUGUUACUCAAAACACUGGUCUCCUACCAGGAGCUACAAGCAAGACAGCAGACACAGAGGCGGGCUCUUCUGACUCUUCUAUCACUGAUUUGGCUUCAUGUGUGUCUUCAUUUUCACUAGUAUACAACAAAGAGGCAUGCAGUAAAAACAGAACCCACAGCUUAUCUAUCCAAUCAGCAGCCAGCCACGACACCAGGUGCAUGCAGGCACGGUCACAAUAGAAAGUAAUACACCAAAAAGCACCAGAAAGAAAGAGUAACAUUGUUAUUACAAUUUGAAAAAACUAAGUGUUCAUUUCCAGGGUACAAAGCACACCCAGCAUGUGAAGUAUGGUUCCAUGCUUCUCUGUUUCAUUUUUGUCUCUGUUCAUUACAAACCAGAGAGAUGAAGCUAACAUGCCUACAUUGACAAAUGUUUCCACUCUGGAACUGAAUUCCAGCAGUUUCAGUAUGACAGUCCUCGGCACUCUACAGCAUUUCAUUUGAGACUUCAUUGGUUAUAAUAAAAAUGAUAAAUUCACGUACCUAGAAAAGAAAUAUCUGGAUCCCAUUAUUCUUUGUUAUUUCCAUAGUACAGCGCAAGCCUCUCUGCAGCUUAUUGGCUACCUACUCUCUUCAGCAAGUUAGACCCCACCCUGCGUGUCUAUACACUCGUCAAUAGGGGUGCGCAGAAAAUUCAGAUGACCUUCCCUUUAAGAGAAACAAUGAACUUCUCUUUACAAAUCAUUUACAGUAUUUGGCCACCAGGUGGUAAUACACACCAAGUUUAAAAAAAACAAAAUAACCUUGAACAGAAACACCACCACCUUAAAAGGGGAAGCUCAUUUGAAAAUGUUUUGCCCAUCAUUACUAACCAGUGACAAUGACAUCAUAGGACCUGUCAUUCAAGUAAUUGUGGGAUCUAACCAGCUGAAAAGCAGCGAUCCUGCACUGGGCAGCUGCGAGCCCAGGUAACCAGAUCCUCUGCGUGUCUGGAUAGUGUAUCCCAGCGGAGGCACGGUACACAAUUACCAAUCAUACACCCCUUCAGUGAUGGAGCUCAGAUCUGGAGGCUGCGGUUCAUUCCGCAUCUUUCCAUUGCAGUGACUGGUCUUCAUGAACAGACUCUGGGCAGGAAGAGCGACUUGGUUUUUGCUUUAGCGGUUUCUGAAGGGUAAUGUAAGGUGGGACCCCC